GCGAACAAUACGAAUAAGAAGAAGCGGCCGCAGCGCCAGAGCAGAGGGGAAGUGGCUGGGCGGGUGGAGCGACCGUGCAGGGACCUGGAGGGGCCGGAAGCAGCUGCAGCGCCGGAGCAGCGAGGAAGCGGCCAGGCGGAGAGGGGACAUAAGAGGAGGAGGGGGAGGAGGAGGGGGAGGAGGAGGAGGCCAGAGCGCUGGCCAGGCGGAGAGGGGAACCGUGCACAAGGACUGGGGGCUUAAUUCUGUCCGGCGGCGACGCGCCGCGCGGAAGGCUGCUGCGUCGAGGAAGCGGCCCGAGCGCCGGCCGCGGCAUGCCCCACCUCGCGGCACCCGCGGAAAGGGCCAGAAGGCGCCUCGUGUAAUUAGGAGCGCGGGAGGGCAUCUGAGAGAUGACCCCCACCCGUCCCCUUGCAAAGAGGCUGCUACGUCGAGGAAGCGGCAUGGGCACAAUGCAUGGGUCGUGCCGCAUCUCCGGGGGGCCCGUGUGCCACAUCGCGUCGCUGUUCGCGCCGAACCCGCGUCGAUCCACGCCGAACCCGCGGCGGACACAAGAAC